GUCGCUGCUGCUGUGCCUCCUAUCCCCUCUCGUCCUCCUUCCUCCCCCAGUUCCUGCUCCUCCUCCCCUCCCAGGCUCCUCCUGUCCGGCGGCGAGGGGCAGAACCCUCGGCAGUGGCUCCUUUUCGCCCGUGCUGCGAAGACGCUGAAACAGCCCAGUGUUCCAGCCCAUCUGAGUUCGUUUUGAAUCUCAAUUUUGCCCUUCCACGUAUUUGAUAUCCCUGCCAGCUUUGGGUCAUCAUCAGACGUGGAGCUGUGAAUUCUGUUGUAACUGAAAAUGUCUGACGGCCUGGAUAAUGAAGAGAAACCCCCAGCUCCCCCACUGAGGAUGAAUAGUAACAACCGGGAUUCUUCAGCACUCAACCACAGCUCCAAACCACUUCCCAUGGCCCCUGAAGAGAAGAAUAAGAAAGCCAGGCUUCGCUCUAUCUUCCCAGGAGGAGGGGAUAAAACCAAUAAGAAGAAAGAGAAAGAGCGCCCAGAGAUUUCUCUUCCUUCAGACUUUGAGCAUACGAUUCAUGUGGGGUUUGAUGCAGUCACCGGGGAAUUCACUGGAAUUCCUGAACAAUGGGCACGAUUACUCCAAACCUCCAACAUAACAAAACUGGAACAGAAGAAGAACCCACAAGCUGUUCUAGAUGUUCUCAAAUUCUAUGAUUCCAAAGAAACAGUUAACAACCAGAAAUACAUGAGCUUUACAUCAGGAGAUAAAAGUGCACACGGAUACAUAGCAGCCCAUCCUUCGAGUACAAAAACAGCAUCAGAGCCUCCUCUGGCUCCUCCUGUGUCUGAAGAAGAAGAUGAAGAAGAGGAAGAAGAAGAAGACGACAAUGAACCUCCACCAGUUAUUGCACCUAGACCAGAGCAUACAAAAUCGAUCUAUACUCGUUCCGUGGUUGAAUCCAUUGCUUUGCCAGCAGCACCAAAUAAAGAGGUGACACCACCUUCUGCUGAGAAUGCCAAUUCCAGUACUUUGUACAGGAACACAGAUCGGCAAAGGAAAAAAUCCAAGAUGACAGAUGAGGAGAUCCUAGAGAAGCUAAGAAGCAUUGUGAGUGUUGGUGACCCAAAGAAAAAAUACACGAGAUUUGAGAAAAUUGGUCAAGGGGCAUCAGGUACUGUUUAUACAGCACUAGACAUUGCAACAGGACAAGAGGUGGCCAUAAAGCAGAUGAACCUUCAACAGCAGCCCAAAAAGGAAUUAAUUAUUAAUGAAAUUCUGGUCAUGAGGGAAAAUAAGAACCCCAAUAUUGUUAAUUACUUAGAUAGCUAUUUAGUGGGUGAUGAACUAUGGGUAGUCAUGGAAUACUUGGCUGGUGGCUCUUUGACUGAUGUGGUCACGGAGACCUGUAUGGAUGAAGGACAGAUAGCAGCUGUCUGCAGAGAGUGCCUCCAAGCAUUGGAUUUCUUGCACUCAAACCAAGUGAUCCACAGAGACAUAAAGAGUGAUAAUAUUCUCCUCGGGAUGGAUGGCUCUGUUAAAUUGACUGAUUUUGGGUUCUGUGCCCAGAUCACGCCUGAGCAAAGUAAACGAAGCACCAUGGUGGGAACCCCCUAUUGGAUGGCACCUGAGGUGGUAACUCGAAAAGCUUAUGGUCCGAAAGUUGAUAUCUGGUCUCUGGGGAUUAUGGCAAUUGAAAUGGUGGAAGGCGAACCCCCUUACCUUAAUGAAAAUCCACUCAGGGCAUUAUAUCUGAUAGCCACUAACGGAACCCCAGAGCUCCAGAAUCCUGAGAGACUGUCGACUGUAUUCCGUGACUUUUUGAAUCGCUGUCUUGAGAUGGAUGUGGAUAGGCGAGGAUCUGCCAAGGAGCUUUUACAGCAUCCAUUUUUAAAAUUAGCCAAGCCUCUCUCCAGCCUGACUCCUCUGAUUAUCGCUGCAAAGGAAGCGAUUAAGAACAGCAGCCGCUAGAACUGCAAGCCUUACCCCACACCAUCUCCCUCAUGAGUAAGACUGAAAUAAAACUGCUGCAGGAAAGGUAGAAGAAGACAGUCAAAUGGGGUGAGGGUUCUUUAACUUUCAAAUAAAUAGAAACUUCUUAUAAGCCUUUUUCCUACUCCCUCAGAUUAUGUAAUUUAUUUGUAAGCCUGAAUCGCAGCCCAAACAGGGCAGCAAUGUUGAAGUGGCCAUAAAGUGGUCAUUUCCACCGUGAAGCGAAAGAGCCAGUAGUGAAUCCCCUCAUUUUGUGCAUUCACUUUGAAGAAAAAGGUUUCUCAAAGAUGCACACUCCCUCUUCAUAGUGUUGUGUUUGUUUUUAAGUUAGAGAGUAGUCCUUCUUGCAUUCGAACCUCUUUCAACACUCCUUACCCAAUGUGAUGUUUUUCACAUGCAUUGUCAUUAGAUGUCCAGAAAAAUGAUGUCAACACUUUUUAAAAAAAAAAAAAAGCAAAAAACAAAAACAAAACAAAAAACACACAAAAAAAAAUCAUAAACAGAGCAAGUACUGUGUGAACAUGUGAAGUCCAUGCCCUAAUAGAGUUGCAAUUUUUUAUUCUUCUUCUAUAGUGGUGGCUUGGUUUGUGUACCUGUUUUUCUGCAGUUGUAUUGGAAAAGGUUUCUUUUAAGACAUUUUCCAAAAGCAGAGAGGAAUUUGUGUGUUCAGGAAGGGCUUUUAAAAACUAUAUAUUGGAAUAAAGCUCAAAUGCUGAAACCCUGUCACAUUUUCCUGAUGAUGCUGAAGAGGCAGUUGAUUUAUCAUGAUGCCUGAAAAGGGACACACCGAGACAGUGGCAUUCCUGUCGGGCAAGUCCAGGUCCUAAACCUGGGAAGUCCUGAUAGGAGAAACAUAUUUAAACAAAGAUGGGACUUUCUCUGAGAGCCAAAAGGAAAACAAGUUAAGUGCGUAAUACUGAAAUGCUUGUUGGAAAGUAAGUGAACAAAGGUAAAGAUACCGGAUUUAAUCCUCUCUUGUGCUUGUGGAACAUAUGCACUGUAAAACAGGCACAUCAGGGGGCAAUGAACCCAUUAACCAACAUUUCUAUAUGAUCAAUGAUGAUUCAUUUUGACAAUUUAUAAUGUUUUAGUAACUUAAAACAAAACAAAAAAAAGACCUGGCGAGCACAGAUAAUCACAAGCAUCCACUCUGUAAGAAAUAGGAGGUCCGUGAAAACUACAUCCCAGUCAAUAUUUGGCUCUAGGUACUUGUUCCCAUUUAUCCCUAUGUAUCGCAGGAUAUGGUGUGUUCAUACUUAGUCUCUCAGGCUUUUGAGUUUCAAAAACAUGUUCACAAAGAUUUUGAAUUCUUUAGUGAAAAUAAUUUUGGUUUGCAAUCAUACUUCCCAAGAAAUAUAAGUCCAACUGAAUUCCUUCUGGAGCUUGGGGAAAUACCAAAAUUUGCCUGUUGUUUCGCCACAUAUCUAUUUUUAAAAAAAUUCAGCAGUUGGCUCUUCCUGAAUCUUCUGAGAGUAGAAAAAUACCUGGAGGAUGUCUGUAUAGAAAAGAAUAUGCUUCUCUUUUGAGUGUAUUGUCAAUUUUAUAAAUUAUGGGAAGUUAUUUCUCUAAGCCUUUGAAAAGCUAACGAUUUAUGCUGAAUAAGGCUUCUUGAUUUUUAGUAUAUCAGGAAUCUGACUAGAAACUAUCUACAUUCAGCAAGAGGGGGAAAGAGAUCAAUGAUACGGGCCUCUCUCCUUCUCUGUCGAGGUGCAUCUAUCCAUCUAACCAUUCAUUCCUUAAAAUGAAAACGCUUUCUUUAGAGUUUCUGCUAACCAUAUAGUGCACAUAUUUAUGUUUAGGAAAUGACACUACUUUUGGACAUCCUAUUUUCCUGUUUGUUUUCUUUGACUAUGAAAUGUGGGGGGGAGGGGGCUUGACCCCUCAGACGUUAUCCACUAAGGGAUAAAACAACAAAUAUGAAAAGAAAAAUCAAAUGGUUGAUAACAUUAAUUUGAAGCAUAUUAUGUUAUACUUUGUGAAAAGGUGACUGGGCCUGAAAUUUUUCAUGCCACACUGUUGUGAUGAGAGAGACAGAGGCCUUUAUUUUUAUUUCAUUUAAAAUUAAGGUUUUUUUUUGUUUUGUUUUCACUCAUAGUACCAGGGAAUUCGGUGAAAUACCUAGGAUGUGAAUAGAAUUUGGUACAUUGAUGACUACGUCCUCCUUCCGGUGGAGGAAACCCAAAACUCGGUUGGGUAGCCCUAGCUAUCAAUUAAAAAUCCUUUAAUAAGUCAUAAAGGCCUUUUUUUUUUUUGAGACCCUGGAGCAGUGAUCCUUCAGAUCACUGUAGGCAGAAAAAUGGCUGCUCUUUUAUGCUUUCAGUUCAGCAUAUUAACAAUGAGGAGCCAGGUACUUCUUUACCACCGCUUUGUAGCAAGAUUUGAUGAUAAUAUAUCCCCAUAGGCAUUACCCUUACAAAUUUAUGUCUAUGUACAUUUUUAAAUGAGAACAGCUUCUGAUAUCCUGUCCCUAAAAACCCUUCCUUCUGUUGGAGUUAUGUAUAUUUCUAUGAAGUAUUAGAGAGAUGCUCUGUCUCCUGCCAAAAUGAUGCUGAAGGACUCACAUUUGGUACACUUGAACAACUCGGACUCCAGAUGCUUAAUAGCUUAUUCCCUUUCCCUGGACUUUUUUUUUUUUUUUAGCUCAUCUUGACACAGGUGAGUCUAUCCAGAUCUUUAAUGUUGCUAGUGUGCCCUGAGAUUAUGAGGGCAUAUUGUCGAAUGUUGUUUCCAAAAUGUCCUGAGACAGGAAUAGGGCAGUGGGAAAGUCAGGGAAGGGUGAGAAGCACAGUAGAAAUUAUUUAUUUAAGAAAGAAAAGAACAUUAAUGUAGUAAGGAUCCGGUGCGUUGUCAUAAUCCCUUGAGGAUUUUUGGAUGUCACAAUCCCCUCAAAUCAGUCACCAUGUUGGGUAAUGACUUCGUUCUUGCUGAUCUCAUCUGUGUGUCAUUGUAAAUAUUUGUGUCCAUGUUCCAUUUUGGCUACUGGAUGGCCAAGUCAUGUGAGAAGAUUUAACUCAAGUAUUUAUUCUUUAAUUCUGUUAUUCAGAUUUCUUUCAGGCUUGUGAAUUACACCCCAAUGUUUUAGUUUAAUCACCUGAUCUUCACAUCUCUCCCUCCCCCGUGAAGCACAUUCCAUUGCUAAAAGAAAAAGAAGUAUAAAAUUGCUUCCUGUUGUCUGUAUAACUGUUUUGAUAGUUUGAGAUGUUUGUCUAUAAAGGAUAUUUCUCAGCUCAAAGAUUGUGUAAAUAAUUAUAUUCCUUUGCUCAGUGGGUUGUUUAUUUCUGAUGAGGCUGCCAGUUCUCAGAGAAAAAUCUAGUAAAUCACCUUUAAAUAACAUAAACAGGGAUUACAACUAUGUAAAAAUAAGUGUGCAUAUGGGCAAAGACUGGGAACACAGAUAAUUAAAAUCAGUUGUGUUAGGGUGGUGAGGUUAUGAGUAAUUUCUUCUUUUUAAAAUAUCCUUUGAUGUUGUUAUAAUAUUGUUUUGUAAUAAAUAAACAUCAGAAAGGGGACUAUAGAAACAUAGAAAAGAAGCCAGAAGCAGAGCCUUCUGGCCAGAGCCCAGAGCAUGCAGGGCACAGAUACUUGCUAGUUACACUGAUUCCAUAGGCUUUAUACUUGCCUGGGUGCUGAGGUUGGCACAUGCUCGGGGAUGGCACUUGUUUUCUUAGGGGACUAUAAAGCUAGGGAGAUAUCACUAUUAGAACUCCAAGUACAUCCUUCUGCUUUAAAACUGGCUGCCCUCCACUAUGGUAUGGCACCAAGGUUUCUGUUUUGGUUACUUUAGAUUGAAGGGGUGACACGUGACUAGCCCUCUUGAUAACAUCUGUUUCAGGUAACACCUUUCUGGAUCAUUUUAGCAGAUUAUCAGGUUGCCUUUUAGAAGGAUAGAAGGAUAAAAUCCCCAGCCCUCACCAUUUCCUUGUCUGACAGGAUAUUAUACCAUCUAGGUAGGAUUCUUCUCUAAAUGGCCAAUAAGCAAGUCCAGUCUAUUUCAAUAGGAGUUGUGACUUGCAAUUGAAAGCUACCUAUGAAAACAUUAAGACCGUUUUGUAGAACUGCCUUUGCCUGUUGACAUUCAGUCACAGUCCUGUUAGCUUUGGCUUAAGAUGCUCUCCAUGUGCUUUCUGUACUGCCUGACUGUAGGUUGUAUGCAGUCAUUGUGUUUUCUAAAGAGAAAGGGAGACCAUCUAUCAAAAGAAAGGAAUUUCCUUCUAACUCACCAGAGAGAUUUUAGGUGAGAACUUUUAUAAUGAGGUGGUGGCCUCAGAUCUGCUCCCCAAUUUCACCAAAAGCAGACCCUAUACCUAGAGAUCCCACAGGCUUUCCAUUGGCCAUUCUCAAAGUAAAAAUACUAAUGGGAAUCUUAACCCUGCCAUCCCCAGUUUAAUCUCAUGGUUCUUUUCUUAGCUACUUGCAGUUAAUAUUCAGUUAAACAAAGGCGUGGCCAAUGAUUCAAGCUUCUCCCAGUCUCUGAGCAAAAGGACUGAAAUUCAGUAUUUGUAAUCUGACAGUCUAACGGGCCUGGGAUUUCGAGUGAAGUUAACACGCACUCUGAACAUAUAUUUGCAUGUGGAUUGGGAAGGAAAGAAAUGGGACCUUGGAAAUAAUGGAAGUGUUUUUCCUAAGAAAGGAUUUUUAGUAAGAGAUUUGUUUCUGAUGUAAUCUUUCUGUUGGUUAGUUUUCAUUUUUCCACUCCUUUUCUGAUCCCACACUCAUUUAGUGAGUAAGUGAAUAUAACCCAACUCCUCAUGCGUUGGGAAUUUCUGUUUAAUAUUAAACAAUGUCUAACUGAAUCUGCAAAUGCAGAAACUAAGAUAUCACCUCCACGUGCACACCUCUGUGUACAAGUAUACUGCACAACUUGUAGCACUUACUGCUGCUUAAUAUGGCUGAAGUUGCAAGAUAAACUUAUAGAAACUGGUUAGUGCCCCUUAGAGGUUCCUUUGGAAGCUGCCAUCAGGUGACUAUUGUCACAUACCAGCAGUCACGUAGGCUCCAUGUCCACCUGAUUUAGUACCUCCGAGGAAAUGAACAGCAAUUAUAGAGAAUCAUCAGAUGUAGUGAGUGGAAGGGGUACUAGCCCUAGGAGUAAGGAGACUUGGAUUCUAAUAUGAGCUCUGUUACUAACUCACUGUGUGACCUUGGGCAAGUCACCUAACCGUUCUGUGACGCAGUUUACUCAUCUGUAAAAUGAGUGUUUUCAUUGGACUAGAUGAUCUCCAAGGCCUUUCCAAAAGCCCUGACGUUCUUCCUGUAGGUUGCCUUGCAAAUGCAACCUGCUAAAGUGAUAGCAAAUAUCACAUGCUUAAGCCUGGGUCUCUUAGGAUGACAAAACUCAAGUAAAAGAAGUUAAUAAUACUAGGGGUGUUGAUAAAACUUUUGUGGCAGCCUUCCGAUUCAUUCACAGUUGUUUUGUGUUUAUUUUAAUGUCCUUUUUUCUGUUGAGUAUUCCCAGUUUUCAUUUUCCAUACACUCUGUGUAUAAAGUCUGGUUUUCAUUAAGCUGGCCAGUAUUUGCUACUAGAACAGAAAUAUACUGUCAUACUUGCUGGAAUAGGACUACACUUGGGCCUCUCCUUUCCUAUGAAGUAGUGCUGGGCUUUAUACAGUUUAAUUCUUAAAUGGCACAAGAUGGCAGAACCUAUUCAUUUUAAUGGCUGGGACUACUAAGAGUGGAGUUAAGCAUUUGCAGGUUGUAGAGAGAAAAAAUGCUAUUAGCAUUAAGGAAUAUUGAAAAAUCCACUUGUAGGGAAGCAAAGAUAGCAUUUCACAUGAACACUUCCGCAGUGACUGGCUAUUUGUAUGAGUAUGCCUCUGGAACGAGGGGAAAUUGGAAGUUAGUCAGUGGACAGUCCCAAUGCCCUGCCUACAGCAGAGUGCCAACCAGCCCUGAGUGCUAAAUUCAAGUUUAACGUGUGUGCUUGUGCGUGGUGUGCUUUAUGGACCCACAUAUACUGUAUUCAUUAGUGAUGAUACGAUCUUUCACAGAAUCCUAUAACCAUUAAUGGAUUGAGUUUUAGAUCUCAGUACAUCAGCCAGAAGGGGCUAGAUCACAAGAGUACUUAUGACUACUGAGAUUAGAUUCAUAAUAUCCAGACAAAACGAGUCAAGGAGGAUCUGCAUUUUCAUUGUUUAUGGGAUUGUAUCUCAUUUGGCUGUGCAUUAUUUUGUUAGAAUGUGUUAUCUGUAAACCCACAUGUAGUGAAAUUCUUCUGUAACUUUGGAUUAAAGGUAGUUAUGGUCUUUUUGUUUAUUUGAUUUUUAAGUAAGUUAUUUCCUUUGUAGACCUGCUGAUGGUAUGGUUCCAUCUUUCUGACGUCAGCAUCCGACUUUUUUUUAAGAAUUUUUGUUUCCAGUAUUGUUACUUUAAAUUGUGGUUGAAGCAAUAGAAAAUUGAAAUAUGGAUUGUGCAUGACUGUGUCUUGAGUGUAAAAAAAUAUUGCAGUUUGAAACUUGGACCUAAAGUAUUGCCAAUAAAAAUGACAAACAUCAAUGAGCUGGUGUUUCUGUCCUCUGUCCCAUUCCCACCUACCCCUUUUGCACUGGCCAUUUUACUUCCUUCACAUGUUGGAGUGUAGCACGGUAUCAGGUAUGGAAGCAGGGAAAUAACCAGCCUGUGAGCAAUACAGGAAAUGGCCUGCAGAGCCUGCCACUAAAGAACUCAGACCUAGAGUCUCCAUCUGGU